AUGCAUCUCUCGGUCUUCUCCUCGCUGUGCUUUGGCACACUCGUUGCUCUGGGCUCACCGAUUGUCCACAGACGCGAUACCGACCUUAAUUCUACUGGCUGCGACGACUAUUGCGCAGGCACCAGACCAGGAAACACCAAGGAUGACGAGGUUUAUGUAUGCAAAGACUGGCGUCUUGGGCCCGUAGCGCCGCCUUCUGGCGUGCCAGUCGACGACAUUGUUGGCAAGUACUACCGCCGCUUCGGUGGGCUUUGCCCAGGCGAGUUCCUCAAAGCCUGGACGAACCAGACAGACGGCCGAUGGGCGUACCCCCCCGAACAGGGCUUCAGUAUUGAUACGACGGGGUCACCUAUUUGCUCCAACCUCACACUGGGAAAAGGCGACUUGAUCGACCGUUUCGGCGACGAAACCGGCGACUUCGUAGCCCCAGCAUUCACACCAUAUGCGAUGCGAAGCAUACCUCCGAGUAACCUAAACACGAGGGAUGCAGAGUACCCGUACGGUUAUCACGUGUAUAUGGUUGCGGAUAAGAUAACAGUCUUGGCCGGGCCAACUUCACCGCAUUUUGCGCAGGAAGGAGGGGGCUUGCAGUAUCGUUUGUAUUCAAGUGUUGCAGAACUGGUUUCAGGUGGAUACUUGUUCAGAAUGGAUCCGAAAUCAUUGGUGAAGAUACUUGCAGGAGAGAAAUGA